ACUAUUGAAUCUCUUUUCUUCUUCUUCUUCUUCCUACUCUGUCUUCUUUGUCAAAUCAAUUUCUGAGCCUCACUUGAUUUCUAUUUGAAUUUGUGUCGUAAAUAACCUAACCGUUUCACUUCGCACCUCCAAAACCCAGCACGACAAAAAAAAGAGAUUUUUUUUGGGGAAUUGUGGAAUGGGGUGUAUACAGAGCAAAAAUGCUGACACCAAAGCCACCAGAGCUGCGCGGUGGCGAUCCACCGGCAUUGUUGCUCUCCGCGACUCCAAAUUGAAGACGUUUCCUGACGAAAUCCUUGAUCUAGACAGAAGUGUGCGCACACUUGACUUAACACAUAAUCGAAUAGUUGACAUUCCCAUGGAAAUAAGCAAAUUAAUUAAUAUGCAGCGCCUGAUAUUGGCGGAGAAUGUAAUUGAGAGACUGCCAGUGAAUUUGGGGAAACUCCAAUCUCUAAAACUCAUGAACCUUGAUGGAAAUCAAAUUUCUUCCUUGCCUGAUGAAUUGGGCCAGUUGGUAAGGCUUGAACGCUUAUCCAUCUCUGGAAAUUUGUUAACAUCCUUGCCAGCAACUAUUGGCAGUUUAAGAAAUCUGUUGAUUUUAAAUGUGUCAAAUAACAAGUUACAGUCUCUACCAGAAUCCGUUGGUAGUUGCUACUCUUUGGAAGAAAUACAAGCUAAUGAUAAUCAAAUUGAAGAGCUUCCUGCUUCAGUAUGCAAUCUCUCUCACUUGAAAUCACUUUCCCUAGAUAACAAUAAUGUGAACCAGAUACCGCCGAAUUUAUUGAAAGACUGUAAAGCUCUUCAGAACUUAUCACUGCAUGGCAAUCCAAUAUCAAUGGAUCAAUUUCAGCAGAUGGAUGGAUUCCAAGAAUUCGAAGCCAGAAGGAGAAAGAAGUUUGACAAACAAAUUGAUGCAAACGUGAUGAUUAGUUCCAAAGGCCUUGAUGAGGGUGUUGAUCAUUAAAAUCAUCCUAUGCUAGAUAAUGACACCACUUGCAAUGGAACUAUACAUAGACAUACAUUUUGGAUGAAACUUUUUAUGUAGCAUGGAAGAAAGGGUAUCUGAUCCCUCUGUUACAUUGUAUAUGAUCCCUAUUUUUGUUUCUCCUUACCCAAAUUUUGAUGCAAAUAUGCAUUGCUGGCUUGUAAAUGGAGCCAUUAUCCAGCACUCAUCUAUAGAUUUUCAUAUAUGGGAUUAUUUGAAACCAUUUUGUUGAUGAUGAAAAGGGAUUAUAUAUGUCUCUUGGCAGAUGUAAAUUAACAUUGCUUUGGAUGUGUAAUAUUUAAGGGCUGCAAUGGCAUUCUUUGCCCCUUAAUAUUAUUUCAGGUGAUAAAGAAUGAAAAAAUCUUAUCCAGUGCUUUGUUUCAUUCUAAGC